CCAAGCCUCAAGCGUUGAGGGACCGGACGGAGGGACGGGGAAAGGGAGUCUCCAGACCGCACGACUGUCCCGCCUCUUCCUGAGGACCUGCACGUGAUACCGGAAGUGGGUGGAGGUAAUAUGGAGAAGCUUCCGGUAGGCCCCGGCGACUGAAAGCCGGGGCAGAAGUGCUGGUCCCGCUCGGGAUUCCUGUCCGGGUCCCGCCAAGGCGGCGACUGCGGUAGGAGGAAGGAAGUUUGGGACACAGUGGUCCACCACCGCUAUACAUUGCAGCCUUAUUUCAGUUCAAAAUGAACUAUAUGCCCGGCACCGCCAGCCUUAUCGAGGACAUCGACAAAAAACACUUGGUCCUGCUUCGAGAUGGAAGAACACUUAUAGGCUUUUUAAGAAGCAUUGAUCAAUUUGCUAACUUAGUGCUACAUCAGACUGUGGAGCGUAUUCAUGUGGGCAAAAAAUACGGUGAUAUUCCUCGAGGGAUUUUUGUGGUCAGAGGAGAAAAUGUGGUCCUACUAGGAGAAAUAGACUUGGAAAAGGAGAGUGACACACCCCUCCAACAAGUGUCUAUUGAAGAAAUCCUAGAAGAGCAGAGGGUGGAACAGCAGACCAAGCUGGAAGCAGAGAAGCUGAAAGUUCAGGCUCUUAAGGAUCGAGGUCUCUCCAUUCCUCGAGCAGAUACUCUUGAUGAGUACUAAGUCCUUUGUCAGAGGCUGUUGCUCUUGAAGAGCAGGGGCUGUCAUUGAAUGGAAGUCACAUCCUGGUCACCUCACACAUUGGACCAGAGACUGUAGAGUUUUGAAAAGUUAUUUUUAUUUUUAAUUCUUUCACAUUAACAUGAAGAAAUCAUGUGAGGUUUUUGUUUGUUUUUUUAAACAACAGAAUCAUUGUUUAAAGAAACAGUGGCAUGGACGCCUUUCACACGCCACUGUGGAGCCAGCGACUACUACUUCUUUAUAUUGUUCUUCUUAUCCCAAACAGAGUUUACAGGGGACAUUCUUUAUUUACUUGUAAAUAAAACGUGAAUCUCAAAA